AUGCACAAAAUGGCGGAGGCCGCCGAACAGUCACUCGACGAAGAGACUAAAAAGGCGUGCUUGCUGAGAAACAAGAAUGAAAAGAAAAGAAGGGAUCGGUUUAAUAACCUAGUGAGCGAGCUAUCCGCCUUGCUGCCGUUGUCAAGGAAAAAAUUAAGCAAAAAUAACGUUUUGAAAUUUGCGAUAGACCACUUCCGACAGCAUCAACUUGCAGCAGAAAACCUCCGUGCUAAGCGAUUUCACGGAAAAUGGCAGCCUGACUUCAUAACAAACGAGGAGUUUCGCCAAACAGUGCUGGAUGGAUUAGACGGAGUUAUACUGGCCUUGAAUGAAGCCGGUAUGCUCCUUUUCGUUUCGAGCAAUAUCUUUUCAUGCCUUGGUCACAGCAAAGGGGAUCUGUUGAAUACAAGCAUUUUUAAUUUCGUGCAUCCAGACGAUCAAAGGACGAUAUAUUCACUGCUUGGAGCUAUCUAUAACCCUGCUGCUCUAAAUCUGCCAGAUGUAAGUUGGUUUAAUCUCCGCUUUCGUUGCGGUCCGGAGAAUGAAUUCAGAACACUUUGUUGCGUGAGCAAGAUUUUCGGACACGAAAGGUCGGGAGGUGCCCAGCGGGCAAAUUCUUGUGCCGUGUUGAUUGCAAGGUCAGCAUUUGCUCCAAAAAUAAACCGGACUCUUCUAAUCACUGACGCGACAAAGGGAUUAAAGUUCACCACACGACUGGACAAAAACUGGAGAUUUCAGUGUGUGGAGAGGGGUGCGACUUUAACUUUGGGGUAUUACCCAAUUGAAAUGCUGGGGACAUGCCUUUAUGACUACUGCCAUGCUGAUGACUUGACAAACCUUGCUGAGUACCAUAGCAUGUUGCUAUAUUCCGGAGUGAUAACAACCUGCUGUUACCGUCUACUCACCAAGGGACAGGAAUGGAUUUGGGUGCGAAGUCAAUGUUUUGUGUCGUACAGUCAGUUGGACUCCAAACCUGAAUCUGUGAUCUGUAUCACAUGGCCCAUUGAAAGUUCAGAGUUCAGUGCAAAUCAGCCGGAGAUGAUAGAGCGGGAUCGGCAACUGUUCUCUCAGAUUCUGGAAAAAAAUGGAGCAACACCUCAAGAAUCGAGACAAUCUUCAAGUUCUCGCAAUAAUUUUGAGCAAAGUGCUAAUGUUCCUUUGUCAUCGUCGUUAACCCUUAGCACACCACAACCUCAGGUUUCACCUAGUGUAGUUCCAUCCACAAUGACAAUGGAUUAUUCCAGUGUAUCAUAUGCAGAGACAUACAACAAUUCUACAAUGCUGCCUAUAAGUAACUCAGAUGCCUCUAUCACCGAUUCCACUAGCUUGGGGGCCUGUGUAGACACCGCAGCACUUUUAACGCAAAGUAAUGCUCAUGGAAGCUCGUUGUCCAAUGAUUCACUGCUGAACUCCAUUGAACAUCUAGAUGAGGAUUCACUGUUGUUGGACGAUCAGAUUGAAAUGCCUGAAUCUCUUUCAUUUUCUCAAUGGGCGCUUCAUUUGCAUCUUAGAGAACAGUACAAAAGCCUCACGGAGUCCAUCAGACAGCAAUCAGAACAGGUUACACUCAUUCAAAAGCAGCUUUCUAUCCAGAAAGAACUAUCUGUGCUCAGUGAUGAACUGGAGAGACAACAACAGUUGAAAAAUCAGAACUUGGGUAAUAAUUUUGAAAGUACCAAGGCAAUUAUUCAACAGAAGAUGAAAGAGUUGCAACAGACCGUGCAAUGUAUCAAUGCUUUAACUUGA